AUGAUACGACCUCGUUUUAGGUUUCCGAGGCUGUACAAUAUUCCACUCACCCUCUGUUUAGUCACCUCGGUGAAUGAUAACACACCGGCUGGCCCUGCAGCUGGCCGCGCUGCCCGGCUCGGCACUGCCUCGCUGCUUGGCUGCGCGCUCGGAGCACUCAGCGCGCUCGCCGUUUGCGGUGACUCAUCACUCGCACUGCCCGCGCCCGCGCCCCUACUCUGUUUCGCGCUGCGUGCGCCUAUCCCGCUCGAGGGACGUGAUUUGUAUCUUCCAAAAGCACUACCCUCCAUAUAA